UUUCAGAUUUUAAUAUGCGCGACUUUAUGUUUAACUUCGAUUCUAUCCAAUAUGAAUACAUACAAUUUCACGAAAAUCUGCAUGCAAGACGAUAAUAGUACAAUGAAGGUAACCUACACAAAAUCGCAAUCCAAUUUCCUGCAAUCAUGUGUGGCGAUUGGCAGUCUGGCAGCAUCGAUUCCAUUUUCAGUGGCUUUUCAGUAUCUACCACAUAAGCCGGUUUUCAUUGUGGCUGGUGUGAUUUCUGGAGGUUUGAAGCGCGCUGAAAGAGUGACUUUUCUCGGCGCAAACAUUUUUUUUUCAGUAUCCACCGCGUUGGUCCCCCUAGCUUCAACCAUCGGUUAUGGCUGGUUUGUAACCGCCCGUAUCUUCCAAGGAAUGGCUUUUUCCGCCACUUUUCCUUUAGCUGGAUCCAUUACAGCUAACUGGGCAACACCUUACGAGCAUGGGGUAUUUAUUGGUCUUCUAACAGGCAACACUCAACUAUCCAACAUUUUUACAAUGCCAAUUUCCGGAUGGUUGUGUUCUUCGUCUGGUGGCUGGACAUCGGUUUAUUAUGUACAUGCUGGGGUGUCUUUGGUCACUUUUUUACUGUUUUUGUUGUUUUUUAAAAGCUCACCUAAAGAGCACUCAUGGGUUGGGGAGAAGGAGUUGGAAACGAUUGGAAGAGGGAAGGUGGCAAAGAAGACUUCCCGUCCCAAGGACCUUCCCUUCCGUCACAUUCUCACUUCCCUAUCUCUCUGGGCAUGUUGGAUUGCCUCGUUUGGUGACUUAAUUACCGUUCAAUUAGUGUCCCAAUUCAAUCCACAAUAUAUGAAAAACUAUUUGGAUUAUGAUGUUUUAUCAUCUGGUUUCUUGGCGGCUCUACCAAUUAUUUUCCAAUUUUUGACCAAAUUAUCAUCGGGUAUCAUUAGUGAUUGGAUAACAUUUAUCAACGAGACUUGGAAGACGAAAAUCUUUAACACAAUCGCUUUGGCUGUAGCCGCAGGAUUUUUCAUUAUUUUAGCGUUUAUUCCCCAGGAAAAACACCUUUUGGCUAUCAUUAUAAUGAUUUGCGCGGAGAGUGUUAUGGGAUGCAAUACGGCUGGAUUCAAUAAAUGUGCCACAUUGCACUCACAGCAAUACGCCUAUUUUUCAAUGCAACAGAUUAUGAAUAUUUGGGCAUGCACAAUUUUUAUUGAACCAUUUUUUGUGAAUAUGAUUGUCAAAGAGAAUACAUUCAUCGACUGGCGAAACUGCUUCCUAGCCCAUGCGAUUCUCCUUCUGACCGUUAAUACCGUUUUCUGUAUUUUUGCCGACGCAUCGCCGGCAAAAUGGACGAAA